CCGAGAAACAUAUUCCUUUUUACAUUUUUUGACGAUGAGAAAACGGUCGGCUUUCUUGACGUGUUUAUACUUGCCGUUGUGGCUUCUCAUCCCCCCGCUGUUCUUGGCCUGGCUGCCGUUCCAUUUGUAUCGCUGUUUUGUCAGAAUUGUGGCGUGGCUGUUCCGACGAGAUCUGACCACAAUCUUGACCCCGAGUGAUGCCAGGUUUUCGUACGAUCGUAUCUACACAUCUCCCAUAACCUCGAUGGUUUCAACACUAGAAGUUGAGGGGGAGGUGGAUCCGAACCACAUCCGGGAGACUUGGAGGAAGCAAGUGCUCGAGGCAAAGGUGGGGAAUCGCUUGCUCUAUCCGGAACUAGGGUGGACAAUCAAAACGUUUAUGGGACACCCAUUUUGGGCCAAAUCGAGAAUUGUUGAGGAUCGAGUUCGAUUCAUUCCUGAAGAUGUGACUCCAGAACAACUGCUCGAACUGCAGAUAAGCCUGACCUUCCAACCUUUCAAAGAAGGGGAGCCCUUAUGGGAAAUUGUCAUCGUUCGGAGGAAAUACGACCCCACAGUGGCGCCCUCUUCGCUCGUCAUAUUUCGCUUCCAUCACACCAUGACCGAUGGGAACGGGGUGUUUCACAUGUUUAGAAAGAUGGCGCUCCCGCAAAGUAAGGGGAAAUUGGGAAAGAAAGAAACUUGCACCAUCCCGCCAGCGAUGAACAGAUCGCCCGUGCGAUAUUUAGGGAUGCCGUACGACUUUGUGGCCACGUGUCGGGAAGGAUCCCGAAGUGGGUGUUUGGUCCCAGAUACGAAGUCUUGGACUUCCCUUGGCGACAACUUUACUCCGUCGGAAGCAGCCUCACAUCUCCGUUUUCACAUCUGUGAGCCCAUCCCGUUCAGCCGGAUUCGUCAGGUGGGGGCGCAGCAUGGCGUGACUGGGACGGCGGUCAUGCACUCAGCAAUUUUGGGGGCGAUGAGGAGCUCAUUUUUUCCGGAAGGGACCCCACAUUCCGCGACUGUUAUGGUGGAGACGAAUCUGCAUCCGCCAUGGAGGAAGGAGAGACCCUUGGGGAAUAAUAUAACGAAGGGUAAUUACACGGCCCCGAUUGGAGAGCUGGAUCCUCUCAAACGACUAAUUCGCACCCAGGAAGCGCUAAAAGAGAUGAAAAAAUCAACUUUCCCGCUCACUCGGGCCAUACUUUUUUACACCCUGGCCUCCGUCCCGCGCCGCGUUUUGCAGGAAAUAAACAAAAGGCAAUUCGGAUAUCAGCGGAUUUUCAUUGGAAAUCUAGCGGGUCCAUUGGAUAAACCGAAUUUUUGUGGCUACUUGGCCAAAGACGUGUUCAACAUGACGGGAUUUUAUGUCGGAUAUGCGGGACUUGGCGUUGUGCUUAUUACGCUUGGAGACUCUUUGAGAUUGGGGGUUUUUGCGAGUCGAAAUCUUCUCCCGCGUGCUGGUCAAGCGGAAGAAAUUGCACGAGCGUUUGUCCGGGAGUUGGACGAUUUGCAAUUUGCUAAUCAGUUGCAGCAAUGCAUAGAAAUGUAAUAAAUUUCUAGGUUGAAUUUGUAAAUAAAUACGUAAUUUUAUGAUUACUUAAUAUAA